AAACAAAUGCAUCAAAAGGUUCAAAACAAUUCAAAAUCAACAAAAAUAAUAUCGUUGCCUUCCAUGAGAAGCUUUUUGGUGUCUUCUACAUCAGAUCACUUUCUUUCUUCAACUUUUCGUCUUUUCUUUCCAAUUUCCAUCACACAUUCGUAGUUUAAGAUUCUUUAAUCUAUCUAAUAUGAAACACUCUAAACAUGAAGAGUGCCCUUUUUUGGGGUUAUCUGAGAAAUUGAUCAUUGAAAUUCUGUGUCGAUUGCCCGUAAAAUCGUUAGGAAAAUGCAAAUUAGUCAGCAAAUCAUGGCAUACCUUAAUCUCAGACCCUGAAUUUGCCAAGUCACAUCUUGAAUUUUCGAAGAGUAAUAAUCAGCCUUUGACACUCAUUUUGCAAAAGAAUAACAUCUUGUCUCAACUACAGUUUCGUGAUUCGACGGAUAUUAGUAAGGGUGUAACCUUAGCCCCAUUGAGGCACCGGUUCCUCGAGGAUGAUGUGUUUGACCCUAGGUACUGUUUUAUAGUCGGAUCUAGUGAUGGUCUUAUAUGUGUCUAUGUUAAGGAGAUGAGUAAGAAGAGACGUCGUGCGGAUUCGAUGUCUCUUUGGAAUCCUUGCACCACUGAGGAGUUGGAAAUCUCAUUGCCUGUUGAAAGGGGUUCGUUUUAUGUUCAUAUAGAAUCUAGUUGGUUCGGAUGUGUUUUCUCCUGUGAUGAUGACUAUAAAAUCUUCUUGGUGUAUACGAUGCAUAAGCAAUCUCAUGGAACGUGUAUGUAUCUGUACUCGUUAAGGUUUGAUAGAUGGAAAAGAGUUCAUGUUUCUGAUGAAGAUUACGAGUACAUUUCUGAAGUUGACUCUGUAUACUUGGAUGAGGCGUUGCAUUACCUUGUACGUCGCAAAUGGAUUGUUAUAUUUGAUUUGGUUUCAGAAACCUUUAAGAAGGUGCCCUUCUCAAUUGAGGCUGAUCAAUUACCAAACUAUCAUCAGCUAUCGCUUGGUGUGAUUGGAGAGUAUGAUUGUCUAUGUGCUAUGUUUGUACAUCGCUCUGAGGAAUGGAUGGUUGAGCUGUGGACCUUGGAGGAGUAUGAUAAUUGGAAUUCUUGGGAAAAGAUUUAUCGAAUUGACUUGAAGGAAAAUAUUGUCAUAAACUGCAUCCAAUCUUUAGGGUUCACAUACAGUGGUAAUCUUUGCAUUCAACAAGCAAAUGGACUUGUGCUGGUUGACACGGAUUAUGAUCCUCCUUCACAUGUCAUAGCUCGAAAUCCCUCUUUUGAAAAGGUCUACAAGGUGAUGGAUUAUGUUGAGAGCCUUGUGUCUCCCGAUUCUAUUCCGUAAGUUAAUUUUGGUGGCAGUCGAUCCAUAAGAGCAUUACAAGGGACCAUGUCAAGGACGCGGACAAUUCUAGCCGGCUAGGUGUAUAAGGUUUUGAGAUGUGGGUUGAUGAUGAAGAAUUGAAACUGUGAUGUUAUUACUACUAGUAAUAAUCCUUUGGUUGACAAUCAGAAGUUCAUUUUGGUUGGAUUUUUUUUUUUUUUUUUUUUUUUUUUUUUUUUUUUGACAUGAGGUUAGUUUUUGGUUGGAUUGUGGUAAUGUAUUUUGCAGUGGCUUGGAUAAUUAUUCCUACUAUUAUGCAUUUGAUUAUGUAGUUUCUAGUAUGUUCUAUUACUAAUGUACUAAUCUUCAAAGAGUGGUUGUGUUCAUUAUGGAUGAAGUAUUGCUUGUUUGGGAUCUUUAAUACGGAGCAAUUAGUACAUUAGAGAAGUUCAAAGCCAAUAUAUGUUGCAGAAGCUUCUCCAAUAUUUGGUGGUUUGUGAAGCCAUUAGUUUAUUAAAUUGUUUGUUUUAAACAACACCCUAAUUUUAUACUUGAUCAAAGUACAAUUGAUAGAAGUACUAAAAAAGACUUACCCGAGAAAGAAUUAACAACUUGUCACAUUUGCCUUUUGGGAAAAGUAGACACAAGAGAUGUCUAAU